AUUGAGCUAAUGUCUGGGUCUUAGUCAAUUUUGUACCCUAAGUACUGGGAGCACAGUCUUUAAAAUACAUGAUGAAUGCUUUUAUACAGGAAUGAAUAGAGGAGACGCACAGGGUGGUUGGGGGUUCUUCUGAUGCAUAGUAUCUUCCUUGACACAUUCAGUACAACUCUCAACAGGUAAGUCUCUUCAUGUUAUGUUACCUUAUGAGAAAUUAAGUGGCAGAACAUGUCUUCUAUUAUUUUCCUUUCCAGACAAGACCAAUUGCUGGCUGCAUUUGAGUCCCAAGCAACAAUUAGGCCGUCGCUAUCACCACAGAGUCAGAGGGGAUGACACACAGGGGCCAGCAAUCUCACCCAAGUCAACUCCACCACACUUUCUGGUCACCCACUGUGUGUAUAGAGCCCUGCUAGUGACCAGGGUGAUGACAGUAAAUAAUACCAGACUGUGCCCUUGAGGAGCUCACCUCUGCUGAGGGAAACAUGCACAGAAACCCACAAUGGUGGUAGAGAUGAAAUAGGACAAUAGGACUGUGUGAGGGGCAUAAGAGGCAUCCAGAGGAGGAAAUGGUUACAUCUGUGUGAGGAGGUUCGUAAGGAAAGACUUUAACAGAAGGGGUCUGUCUAUCUGGGCUUGGAAGAAUGUAUAGGAGUCAUCUAGGGGGCGUAGGUACACUCCAGGCAGAGGGAAUUGCAUGGGUAAAGAUCUGUAGGUGUGGCUUGUGGGGAUGGAUUUCAAGUAUUCUGGAAUGAGGACAGCCAUGGAAACAAGGGCAGGUGAGAGGAGAUUUAAUAGAUUUCAUGCCAAUGGCUCCACUUCAGUUUCUGGUAAGAAAUCAGAAUCCUUGGACUCCUCGAUAACACUGAUUAAAUUGUUUAUGAUUCCUCAUAGAACAUGAACUCAAAGGAGGUCAGCAAAGGGGUGUGUGCAAUUCUUUGCUACUGGCUCUAGCUGCAGCCCCGCCUCCUUCUCCAGCACAGAAACAUUACAGCAACUUGGCUGCAGACUGCUGUGCAGGGCAGGGAAGCUCCAGGCAGACAGCCCAGCAAACAGCAGCACGCAGCUGAAAGUAAGACUCAGAGGAGACAGCUGAAGGAGGAAAGUGGCAAUGGACCUCAUCCCAAAUUUGGCGGUGGAAACCUGGCUUCUCCUGGCUGUCAGCCUGGUGCUCCUCUAUCUAUAUGGAGCCCAUUCACAUGGACUUUUUAAGAAGCUUGGAAUUCCAGGGCCCACACCUCUGCCUUUUUUGGGAACUACUUUGUCCUACCGUCAGGGUCUCUGGAAAUUUGACACAGAAUGUUAUAAAAAGUAUGGGAAAAUGUGGAGAACGCAAGAUGGUCAACUCCCUGUGCUGACCAUCACAGAUCCCGAGAUGAUCAAAACAGUGCUAGUGAAAGAAUGUUAUUCUGUCUUCACAAAUCGAAGGCCUUUAGGUCCAGUGGGACUUAUGAAAAGUGCCAUCUCUAUAGCUGAGGAUGAAGAAUGGAAGAGAAUACGGUCAUUGCUGUCUCCAACCUUCACCAGCGGAAAACUCAAGGAGAUGUUCCCCAUCAUUGCCCAGUAUGGAGAUGUGUUGGUGAGAAACUUGAGGCGGGAAGCAGAGAAAGGCAAGCCUGUCACCCUGAAAGACAUCUUUGGGGCCUACAGCAUGGAUGUGAUCACUAGCACAUCAUUUGGAGUAAACAUCGACUCUCUCAACAAUCCAAAAGACCCCUUUGUGGAAAGCGUUAAGAAGUUCCUAAAAUUUGAUUUCUUAGAUCCAUUAUUUCUCUUAACAAUACUCUUUCCAUUCCUUACCCCAGCUUUUGAGGCAUUAAAUGUCUCUCUGUUUCCAAAAGAUGCCAUAAAUUUUUUAAAUAAAUCUGUAAACAGCAUGAAAAAAAGUCGCCUCAACGACAAACAAAAGCACCGAGUGGAUUUCCUUCAGCUGAUGAUUGACUCUCAGAAUUCAAAAGAAACUGAGUCCCACAAAGCUCUGUCUGAUCAGGAGCUCGUGGCCCAAUCAAUUAUCUUCAUUUUUGCUGGCUAUGAAACCACCAGCAGUGUUCUUUCCUUCAUUAUAUAUGAACUGGCCACUCACCCUGAUGUCCAGCAGAAACUGCAGAAGGAGAUUGAUGCAGUUUUGCCCAAUAAGGCACCUGCCACUUAUGAUGCCAUGGUACAGAUGGAGUACCUUGACAUGGUGGUGAAUGAAACACUCAGAUUAUUCCCAAUUGCUAUUAGACUUGAGAGGGCCUGCAAGAAAGAUGUUGAAAUCAAUGGGGUGUUCAUUCCCAAAGGGGCAAUGGUGGUGAUUCCAACCUAUGCUCUUCACCAUGACCCAAAGUACUGGACAGAGCCUGAGGAGUUCCGCCCUGAAAGGUUCAGUAAGAAGAACAAGGACAGCAUAGAUCCUUACAUAUACACACCCUUUGGAACUGGACCCAGAAACUGCAUUGGCAUGAGGUUUGCUCUCAUGAACAUGAAACUUGCUAUAAUCAAAGUCCUUCAGAACUUCUCCUUCAAACCUUGUAAAGAAACACAGAUCCCCUUGAAAUUAGGCAACCAAGGCCUUCUUCAAUCAGAAAAACCCAUUGUUCUAAAGGUUGAGUCAAGAGAUGGAACCCUAAGUGGAGAAUGAGUUAUUCUAAGGACUUCUACUUUGUUCUUCAAGAAAGCUGUGCCCCAGAACACCAGAGAUCUCAAUUUACUUUGUCAAUAAAACCUUGAAAUAAAGAUGAGCUUAAUCUAGUGUACUGCA